ACGUCGGCGAGGGGGGCUGAUCGAGCAGAGGGACAUCAUCAAGGCUCACCAAGCGCAUAAGAUGCAGAGCACACCGCAGGCAAGGCGGAAAGAGUGGGAGAUGGCUCGCUUCGGCGAGGCGAUGGCCGGCAGGAUGGGAUCGGGAGCCGCCGAGCAGAGCCAGAACCGCCAGGGCGCCCCUGCUCCUUCGGGGGGCACCCCGGGCGCCUACAAGCAAACCAAAGCCCAAAGGGCCCGGACAAUGGCCCUCUACAACCCCAUCCCUGUCCGCCAGAAUUGCUUCACAGUCAACAGAUCCCUCUUCAUCUUUGGAGAAGAUAACAUUGUCAGGAAAUAUGCCAAGAAGCUGAUCGACUGGCCUCCCUUCGAAUACAUGAUUCUGCUGACCAUCAUUGCCAACUGCAUCGUCCUGGCUUUGGAGCAACAUCUCCCCGAGGAUGAUAAGACACCCAUGUCUCGAAGAUUAGAGAAGACAGAACCUUAUUUCAUUGGAAUCUUUUGCUUUGAAGCUGGCAUUAAAAUAGUCGCACUGGGAUUCGUUUUCCACAAGGGCUCAUACCUCCGAAAUGGCUGGAAUGUAAUGGAUUUCAUUGUUGUCCUGAGCGGCAUCCUUGCCACAGCAGGGACACAUUUCAACACCCAUGUGGACCUGCGGACUCUGCGGGCAGUGCGAGUGCUCAGACCCUUGAAGCUUGUCUCAGGCAUUCCUAGUUUACAGAUUGUGCUUAAAUCCAUUAUGAAGGCAAUGGUGCCUCUUCUCCAGAUAGGACUCCUUCUCUUCUUUGCUAUCUUGAUGUUUGCCAUUAUUGGUCUGGAGUUCUACAGUGGAAAACUACACCGGGCUUGCUAUGUGAACAAUUCAGGUGAAUUACAAGAACUGGACCCACCUCAUCCCUGUGGGGUACAGGGAUGCCCUGCAGGCUAUGAAUGCAGGGAAUGGAUUGGUCCCAACGAUGGGAUCACCCAGUUUGACAACAUCCUUUUUGCUGUCCUGACUGUCUUCCAAUGUAUUACCAUGGAAGGAUGGACUACAGUGCUGUACAAUACCAACGAUGCCUUAGGAGCCACCUGGAACUGGCUGUACUUCAUACCCCUCAUCAUCAUCGGCUCGUUCUUUGUUCUCAACCUUGUUCUAGGAGUGCUUUCUGGGGAAUUUGCCAAAGAAAGAGAGCGGGUGGAAAAUCGCCGAGCAUUCAUGAAACUGAGGAGGCAGCAGCAGAUUGAGCGGGAACUGAAUGGGUACCGUGCCUGGAUAGAUAAAGCAGAGGAAGUCAUGCUGGCUGAAGAGAACAAAAAUUCUGGCACAUCAGCCUUAGAAGUACUCAGGAGGGCGACAAUCAAGAGGAACCGGACAGAAGCCAUGAAUCGGGACUCUAGUGAUGAGCGUGUGGACAUCUCUUCUGUGGGUAAGAUGCAGCCUAAUGGGACCACCAGCAUCAAGAGCCUUAAGCUGGAUAAGCACUCCCUCACUUCCGGCACAAGGAGAAACUAUAGCAUCUCUGUGCGUCACAUGGUGAAAUCCCAGGUGUUCUAUUGGUUUGUCCUGAGCAUUGUGGCCCUCAACACUGCCUGUGUGGCCAUCGUCCAUCACAACCAACCUGCGUGGCUCACUCACCUUCUCUACUAUGCAGAGUUUAUAUUUCUGGGUCUCUUCCUCCUCGAGAUGUCCUUGAAGAUGUAUGGGAUGGGGCCACGCCUUUACUUUCAUUCUUCGUUCAAUUGCUUUGACUGCGGGGUCACAGUGGGGAGCAUCUUUGAAGUGGUUUGGGCUAUCUUCAGGCCCGGGACUUCUUUUGGGAUCAGUGUCUUACGAGCCUUACGUCUGCUGAGGAUAUUUAAAGUCACAAAGUAUUGGGCUUCCUUGAGGAAUUUGGUGGUCUCACUGAUGAGUUCUAUGAAGUCUAUUAUCAGCCUGCUCUUCCUCCUUUUCCUCUUCAUUGUAGUCUUUGCCCUGCUUGGGAUGCAGCUGUUUGGUGGCAGGUUUAAUUUUAUGGAUGGGACUCCUUCCGCAAACUUCGACACCUUCCCUGCAGCCAUCAUGACAGUUUUCCAGAUCCUGACAGGCGAAGACUGGAAUGAAGUAAUGUACAACGGGAUUCGUUCCCAAGGUGGUGUCCGCUCAGGGAUGUGGUCAUCCAUCUACUUCAUUGUCCUCACUCUGUUUGGCAACUACACCCUGCUUAAUGUGUUCUUGGCCAUUGCUGUGGACAACCUAGCCAAUGCACAGGAGCUGACAAAGGAUGAGCAGGAAGAAGAGGAGGCUUUUAACCAGAAGCAUGCCCUGCAGAAAGCCAAGGAAGUCAGCCCGAUGUCUGCUCCAAACAUGCCUGCGAUAGAAAGAGACAGAAGGAGGAGGCACCACAUGUCGAUGUGGGAACCACGCUCCAGCAAUCUGAGGGAGAGGAGAAGGCGCCACCAUAUGUCUGUAUGGGAACAGAGGACCAGCCAGCUCCGCCGGCACAUGCAGAAUUCCAGCCAGGAGGCCAUCAACAAGGAGGAACCUCCUUUGCUCAACCCUCAUGCUAGCAUUUUUCGGAGGAGAAAGUUGCUUGAGAACUCUGGUCUUGAAAAGAACGAGGGGGAGCAAGGGAGCAAGGCAGACCGGACGCAGGGAGAAGACUCGGAGCAGCCAGUGGUGGGCUCCAACCCCUGCCCGAGCAUCCGGGAAGACCAAAGGACCCCAUCUCCUAGAGCCAAGAGAGAAUGGGAGGAGUGGCAUCACAAAUCAUUCCAUGGGAAUUGUGGCCUCGCUGACCAGGAGGGCGGAGGAAGCGUGGCGUUUGAGGAGAGGGCCCGGCUCAGGCAAAGCCAGCGGCGCAGCCGACACCGCAGGGUGAGGACAGAAGCCAAGGAGAACAGGUCCACCAUCCAAGAAACAUGCCCCGAAGGGGUGAGUCCAGCAGAGGGAGGAGAGCAGAAGAAGAAUGAAGAGGAGAAGCAGGCCUUGAUUGAAGAGGGGCAAGUGUCUGUUGAAGAGCUGAAAAGCACCAACGAAGUCCCAGCAAAUGACUCCGAGUUUGCCGUGUCUCCCCAAGAACCAAACCCUGCUGAAUCCCACGAGGAGUCAUUCAAAGGCAAGGACACCAGUCCGACGGAGCAAGAUGGCAGCAGUCUGGAUACAAGCGAGCAAGCCCUGUUGGGCGACCUGCCAAUGGAUACGUGCCGGACUAUCAGCAGGAGCGAACCAGACCUCUCGUCCAUCACCACCAACACAGAGAAAGCCACGGAGAGCACCACUAUCAUGAUUGACGUCCAAGACUCUGCUGUGGUACAGAUUAGCAACAAGACCGAUGGAGAGGCCAGCCCUUUAAAGAAGUCGGAGACCAAGGAAGAGGAAGGGGAGGUAACGGAGAAGAAGAAAAAACGCAAGAAGGAAAAGAGCAAGACGGGCAAGCCGAUGGUUCCACACAGCUCUAUGUUCAUUUUCAGCACCACUAACCCCAUCAAAAACACAACCAAAAAUGAUGGUUCUCUAACCGAGCAGAUGAUAGACCAAGGAUUAAUACUGCAAGAUGGAUCAUACUUCCGGGACCUCUGGAACAUACUGGAUUUCAUUGUGGUGGUUGGAGCACUGAUGGCCUUUGCGUUGGCGACCAAUAAAGGCCGGGACAUAAAAACUAUAAAGUCUCUUCGUGUGUUGCGAGUCUUGAGGCCUUUGAAGACCAUCAAGCGGCUGCCCAAACUCAAGGCUGUCUUCGACUGUGUUGUAACAUCGCUGAAGAAUGUCUUCAACAUCCUCAUCGUCUACAAACUCUUCAUGUUCAUCUUUGCUGUCAUCGCUGUCCAGCUGUUCAAGGGCAAAUUCUUCUACUGUACAGACAGUUCAAAGGAUACAGAGAAGGACUGCAUAGGCAACUAUGUGGACCACGAGAAAAACACGAUGGAGGUAAAAUGUCGAGAAUGGAAGCGUCACGAAUUCCACUACGACAAUAUCAUCUGGGCUUUGCUUACGCUCUUUACGGUCUCCACCGGAGAAGGGUGGCCGCAGGUCUUGCAACAUUCAGUGGACGUGACCGAGGAGGACCGCGGCCCCAGCCGUAGCAACCGCAUGGAGAUGUCCAUUUUUUACGUGGUGUAUUUUGUCGUCUUCCCUUUUUUCUUUGUGAACAUCUUUGUGGCUCUCAUCAUCAUCACUUUCCAGGAGCAAGGGGACAAAAUGAUGGAGGAGUGCAGUCUGGAGAAGAACGAGAGAGCUUGCAUUGACUUUGCUAUCAGCGCCAAGCCUCUCACCCGCUACAUGCCUCAAAACCGACACACCUUCCAGUACCGGGUCUGGCACUUUGUGGUCUCCCCAUCAUUUGAAUAUACCAUCAUGGCCAUGAUUGCACUUAAUACUGUGGUCCUCAUGAUGAAGUACUAUUCUGCUCCUUACACAUAUGAAUUGGCUCUGAAGUACCUGAAUAUUGCUUUUACCAUGGUUUUCUCAUUGGAAUGUUUCCUGAAAAUUAUAGCUUUUGGUUUCUUGAACUAUUUCCGUGAUACCUGGAACAUCUUCGAUUUCAUCACUGUAAUUGGCAGCAUUACAGAAAUUAUCUUAACAGACAGCAAGUUGGUAAAUACCAGCAGCUUCAAUAUGAGCUUUCUGAAACUGUUCCGUGCAGCACGUCUCAUCAAGCUACUUCGCCAGGGUUACACCAUUCGAAUUCUGCUGUGGACUUUUGUGCAGUCAUUCAAGGCACUUCCAUACGUCUGUCUCCUGAUUGCGAUGCUUUUCUUCAUCUAUGCCAUCAUCGGGAUGCAGGUCUUUGGGAAUAUCAAAUUGGAUGAAGAAAGCCACAUUAACCGUCACAACAACUUCCGCAGCUUUCUGGGUUCGCUUAUGCUUCUUUUCAGGAGUGCCACGGGGGAAGCAUGGCAAGAGAUCAUGCUUUCUUGCCUGGAAGGUAAAGGGUGUGAGCCGGACACCACGGCAAUUUCUGGACAGAACGAAAGUGAGCGCUGCGGCACGGAACUGGCGUAUGUUUAUUUUGUGUCCUUCAUCUUCUUCUGCUCCUUCUUGAUGCUCAAUCUCUUUGUGGCUGUCAUCAUGGACAAUUUUGAAUACCUGACUCGCGAUUCCUCCAUUUUGGGACCCCACCAUCUUGAUGAAUUUGUUCGGAUUUGGGCAGAGUAUGACAGAGCCGCGUGUGGCCGCAUCCAUUAUACUAAGAUGUAUGAAAUGCUGACUCUCAUGUCCCCACCACUAGGCCUCGGCAAGAGAUGUCCCUCCAAAGUUGCUUAUAAGAGACUGGUCCUGAUGAACAUGCCUGUGGCUGAGGACAACACAGUCCAUUUCACCUCCACUCUGAUGGCUCUGAUCCGAACAGCUCUGGAUAUUAAGAUCGCUAAAGGUGGUGCAGACUGGCCGCAGUUCGACUCUGAGCUGCAGAAGGAGAUUCUGACCAUCUGGCCUCACCUUUCACAGAAGAUGCUUGAUCUGUUGGUGCCCAUGCCGAAAACGACGGACCUGACCGUGGGCAAAAUCUACGCAGCCAUGAUGAUAAUGGACUAUUACAAGCAGAGUAAAGCUAAAAAACAAAGGCAGCAGCUAGAAGAACAGAAAAAUGCCCCAAUGUUCCAGCGCAUGGAGCCGUCCUCUCUUCCUCAGGAGAUCAUUUCUAAUGCCAAAGCUUUGCCUUACCUCCAGCAGGAUACUCUUUCAGGACUGAGCAGCAGGAGCGGGUACCCCUCCCUGAGUCCACUCUCUCCCCACGAGAUAUUCCAGUUGGCUUGCAUGGAUCCAACCCAUGGGGAAUACCAAGAGCAGCAGACUUUGGAGCCAGAGGUUAGAGAGUUUAAAAGAGUGCAGCCCUCUAACUGUGGCAGCUACCUCCCCGUGGACACUCAGGAACGAGCUGUAUCUGGGAGGGCCUCUUCCAUGCCACGCCUGACCGUGGAUCCCCAGGUGGUCACAGAUCCAGCCUCGAUGAGACGCUCAUUCUCUACUAUCCGAGACAAGCGGACUAACACUUCCUGGUUAGAUGAGUUCUCCAUGGAGAAAAGCAGUGAGAACACCUACAAGUCCCGACGGCGCAGCUACCAUUCUGCACUACACCUGUCUUCACGGCGCCUCAACACAGACUCAGGCCAUCGAUCUGACAUGCAUCGGUCCGGAGGCAGAGAACGAGGACGCUCCAAGGAACGCAAACACCUACUUUCUCCAGACAUAUCCCGUUGCAAUUCAGAGGAAAGGAGUCCGCAGGCAGAUGGUGACUCUUCGGAGCGACAUCAGUCCAGGUCGCCUAGUGAGGGCAGGUCACAGACGCCCAACAGACAUGACACCGGCUCCUUGAGCGAAAGUUCAAUCCCAUCUCUAUCUGACACCAGCACGCCAAGGCGAAGCCGCCGCCAGCUCCCUCCAGUGCCACCAAAAUCCCGCCCCCUCAUCUCCUACUCCGCCAUGAUGCAACAUGGUGACGACAUCUCCCCGCCACCUGAUGACAGUGAGGGCGGCUCCCCUCUGCUUUCUGGGGCUCUGGAGACAAACAACACCUGCUUGACUGAGUCUUCCAGCUCCCCGCAGGGAAAGCAGAGCCUCCUCUCCACCCCGCAGCGCUACAUCUCAGAGCCGUACCUGAUGCUCCAGGACGACUCACACGCCUCAGACUGUGGCGAGGAGGAGACGCUCACCUUCGAGGCCGCUGUUGGCUACUCCAGCGAAGGCCGCUCCAACACAAUCGCGGUGGGCCCUCGCUCGAGGCACAGCUGGCAGAUGCCCAAUGGGCACUAUCGGAGAAGGAGAAGGGGUGUGCCGCAGGGGGUGAUGUCGAUGGCUGGCAUCGAAGUACUUAGUGAUACAGAAGAAGACGACAAGUGCUAGAGGCUGCCUCCCUCUUCUCCCCCAUCCCUCUGACGCAUGCUGUUUGCCACAUUUGGAAAUGAAAUGAAAUGCAACUCAGAUGCAGCAGAAACAGGGGCUUUGCACCAAAAAAGCCAAAAGAAGUCCAUCCCACGUAUUUUUUUCGUCCCUCUCCUCUUUAGUUCCACCUUCACAGAGAAGCGUUUGACAUGGACCAGCAAAGAGGCACCUGCUUGAUUAUUGAGAAGGAGAACAUGGUAACCGUUAUCUUCCUCCCUAGAGUUACAUGGAGCUGUAUACUGCCCAGACCCAAGGAGCACACCUGGACGCUUUAUUAUUUUGCUCCUAGGUCAUUGGCAACGACAAAAGAAAUCGACAAAGAAAUCACUUGGAGUCCAUGUGGUUAAUCUUUUCAGAAUGACCACUUUAUCUCUGCUGGGGACACCAUCAGUGGUUCACCCGAUGGGACAGGUGGGGUUGAGGGACCAAUCAAAGCCUCUCUAGGGAUGGAGGCCUUGGAAUGGAGCUAUCCUGAACAGUGUAUGGUUUAGGGCUUGUUUUCAUUUUUUUAAAAAAACAAUCCACCCAAAAAAAGCUUUGCAUUUUGAGGGGAAGACUUGGCAGAGAUCCAGUUGGCAGCACUAGCAGAGCAUGGGAUCUGUAGAUUUUGUUUGGAAUAAAGCCAAGCCAAUUAUCUUGUUCUGGGGGAAAUCAGGUAAGGGUGAAACAAGGAGGAGGGUUGUUGCUGCUGAAUGUAUGUAUCACUCACUGUUCUUGGACUUAUAUUUAUAUUCUGAGAUUGAAACAUGCAGAGUGUAUGUGUGUGUGUAUUUAUAUGCUUCAUAUAGAAACAUGCACACAUGUUUAGAUUUAUUUUAAUAGGCUAGUGUAAACUAAUAGGGCCUUGUGUUUUCUUACCAUCAAUGGUAGGCAGAUAAACGGUUUGUCUUCUAGGAGUUCUGUGGAGCUUAGAUUAUAAGCUUUUUCCAUUUCACAGAAGAGAUAGCCAACUUUCCUGUUCAGAUUCUCCAGGCAUUGAAUGCUCUAUGAGUAUCUGGCCUCCCUCCCUCGCUAAAAAUCAGGUUCAAUAAUUGAUUCAGACUAGAGGGAAUAGCUUCAUUAUAGAGCUUCUUCUUCCUCACAAUUCUUAUUCUAAUUUUUCCUCCUUGAAAGUUCUUGUUCUUUCCGGGGUGUGUGUGUGUGUGUGUCUCAGUUCCACAUGGGUUGUGCUUUUUAUAGUGGCAGGUUCGAUAUUGCACGUUUAUGUCUGGCACAACUCGCUGAAGAGUUAAACUAGAUUUUUACCAAUGUAAUAUCGAAUCAACCACUAGAGGGAGCAGAACACAUGCAGAACAGAAUUCCACCACCACCCCCUUCCUGCAGAAGAAAUGGGAAUUUACAAUAACUUACAAGCAAGGAAAAAGGGAACAUGGAAAAGCCCUAUAUCACACUUUGGUUAACAUUAAGAGGGGCAAAUGGAGGGGCAAAUGGGGGGGGGGGGGUUGAACCCAGCUUGUGGGCCAUCAGUUUGUUAUCCUCCUUCUGUGUGCUCAUGAUGACUCCAAAAUAAGACCCCAAAAGCAAAUUGCUCCAUAAAACAGAGGGUCAUCAGCAGCCUACCCUUGAUGUUCCCUGGCAAAAGUGGUCCCUACUAUAAAGGUGCUAAAUGCUAGCUUUUCUUUCACUUAUUUGGGAAGACCUUUCCUCAAUUUGGAAGGCACCCAACUCGAUGCUAGAGUAAGAGAGUGGAGCCAAAGACAGGUAUCCUUGCUUAAUGAUAUUGCCUGAAUGGGCUUUGAUUGCUAAGCUUGUAUACUCAUGUGUGGCCAUAAAUGAAUCGAUUAUAAGGUAGUAAUAGGCUUGAGCCAAUGGUAGAUGGUGCACAGGUUCAUUUACUGACCGGUCGUGGGGUUGAAACAUUAGCCAGAUAGAUACUGCUAGUCUCCUCCCUAUCUUGCAAAGUGAAGGGACAGACCCAUAGCAACAAACUGCUACACAACAGGAUGUGUUGAAAAACACAUCCACAAGCUGCUCUUGAUAUAUUUUAGGGGUGCAGAUGUGCCACUCCUAAAGAUUCUUGGGUUUAGGGUAGUUCUUGGAGAAGCUACAGUUACGCCCAUCAGAGCUUUAUGGCUAGUUACUUGGGUUGUAGAAGAAGAGAUUGUACAGAGGUUGUAGAAGAAGAAGAAACAGCAAAGAUAUGGUUGUGUACGUGCAUUUCUGCUUGUCGCAGACCUGAUAAUUACAACUACCUAGCAUAAGUCUUCUUUGUAUGGCGUGUGUUGUACUACAUUCUCUGGGUCAGCCCUUGGAAGGUACAUCCUAAGCUUCUGUGGCAGUGUUGUGCCCUGGAUCUGUGCUACCUUCUCUCUUUUUUUUGGUUGUCACACAACCAACCUGUAGUUCAAAGCCUCUGCCACUCAUUAUCCCAUUCCAAAGGGGAAGAAGGGGGAAAGGAAGCACUUUAAAACGAGCAGCCUCAGGUUGUACUUAGCAACAGUGACCCAAAGGCAGAUGGCUGGUGGUGAAGCAACCGGUGUAUGCUACAUGGUCUGUUUGUUUGUUAUAUUUAUAUCCCGCCUUAUCCCCAAAGGGCUCAGUUAGAUACAGCGCCCAUUUGCUUGCCCUCAUUUGGUCUCUAGGAUCCAUGCAAGAAAUUCUUGUGCACUAGGACUUGUUUAUCCAUUUCAGAGGCUGCCAUCUACAAAGACCCUAUCCCACUGGUUGGAGCACAUACUGAAGAAGGAGAAGAUCCCACCAAACCUGUCCCUUUCCAGCUCAGCAGGGAGUACAGAUUCUUGACUCAGGGUUUCUGCUCAGGCUUCCGAUAGAAGGGAUGGGUGCCAAAUAGCACCCAAUUCUCUCUCUGCUCCUCUCUGAGCUCAGUGUCCAGGCACCCAGUUGAGCAAGGUAAGGUUGACAACUUCCAAACGGGGCCUGGAGAUCUCCUGGAAUUAGAACUGGUUUCUGGGCAAUGGAGAGAAUGGCUGCUUUGGGGGGGUGAACUCUAUGGCAUUAUAGGAACCUUCCCUCCCCAAACGCUCAGCUCUCUAUUACCUAGCAAUGGAGGCCAGCGUUCCCCCAAUAUCAUUCACCUAACACAAUUCCCAAUCUGGGGAGAGUAUACGCGCUUGUAUUUCCUUACAAGGACUAGACUAAUACAUACUUCAACCAUUAGAUAUGUCAAAUUUAAGAGGCCCUGUAACGUUGCCAAAAAUGAUAAUUUUUAGCACUUUUUUUGUCCUUUGGCUCCUUUGUAAUAUGAUGCCAUACUGUAGUUUAAUCGGUUUUAACAUUAAUCCAUCCCUGGCCAGUAUAAUCAUAGAGAUCAAAAUCCUGCCUGAUGAUAAUGUUCAAGGGCCUGUACUGGAGACACUCACUGGUAUGAUGUUCACUGGAAAUAUUCAUUGGUCUGGAAGCCCUGAAAUUUGCAAUGUUGUGAUUAAGACAGAAACAUUUAACCAGAAAUACUCAAAACAGCAACAGCCCAAUAUUUCCUUGGAGAGAUGUUGUGGUACUAAACCGAUUUAGAAUCCGUGUGUUCCAUUUUCACCUAUGAUGGGUGCAUCAUUUAUUUAUGUUUUUACUCAAUUAUCUUUCUAUUAAAUGCAUUGCAGUGAAGAAUGAAGUACACCACUUAUUCAAAAGUUAGUCUUACAAUAAAAUGCCAAUGAAGACUCAGUGGAUUGAGUACAGUUUUAAAAUCAUGUGAAAAUAAAUUAUAUUAACCAGUUGGCCAUGUUGUUAGAAGACAUUAUACAGGUUAAUAGUAUACUAAAUAAUAAUAAUAGUUUUAAUUAUUAUAAGCAUUUAUAUCUAUUUCAUAUUCCCUUUUCCAAAAGUUAAUAAAUAAUACCCAACAUUCUG